UCAGCUGUUGAGACUGAAGCGGGCAGUGUAGGCACUAAUGGCCUGUUUACUGGCAGUGCGCCAAGUGGCGGUGGCCUACUGUUCUUGCCACCGGCUCUCCUCGAAUGGCGUCAAAAUGUGACCCGGGCCAGCUCAGUUGAGGCUCUGAACUGUCUGGCAAAACAGCUGGAGGCUGCUGUCGCCUGGGAUAAGUCCAUCAUGAAAGCUUACUGUUUUGUUGAUUUAACAGGCUUACUUGUGCUUGUUGCGGCUGCUAUCAUGAAUGAUCUAGCUGGCCUCAAUGAUGUCCCGUACGGUGCUUUUCCACGCGCGACUAUCCGUGACCACAGACCUGAACAGUUCGAGCCAUUCUCUACGCCAGCUCCGGAGACCGAAUACCGAAGAUACAAGAAUCACUCCCAUGUCCUGACGGACUGA